AUGUCGUCCGAUACUUUAUUCAAAGCAAUUGCUCGUCGCGACCCUUCCAAGCGUCAAAUAAAGCCAGUGAAUACAGACCAUUUAGCUCUGUUAGACGAUAUAGAUGAUGACAGUGACAGUGAAUACAUUUGCGAAGAGGUAGAAGAUGAUGAUGGGGAUGGUGAUGAUGAUGAAGAGAGUGAUUCAGCUUGUAGUGAUGACGAGGCUUCGAAUUCUGAAGAAUCUUCAGUCCAUUCAUCAUCAACCGAAGAUUCUGAAGUUCAGAUUACUAACCAGAGCUUGAAUUUAAAAUCUAAAAGCGACUCGCCUAAUGCCACAAAAAAUGGGGAGAUCAAAUGCCCACCAGAAUCUAUGUCCACCGAACCAGCUACUGGACAUGUUUUCGCAAAUAGCUCUGGUGUGAAGACGAAAGACGUUGACAUAAUGAUAUGUAUGCUGUGUUUGGGCGAUAGUGUAGAUCUCAACGAUGAGUUAAUUGAAUGUGAUGGAUGUGGUAUUGUUGUUCAUGAGGAUUGCUAUAAAGUGGUAGAUUCAAUAUUUUUAUCAAGCGGUGCAAGUUCUUCUAGUACAGACGCUUGGUUCUGUGAACCAUGUCUUGCGGGUGUGACAUCACCAAUCUGUGAAUUAUGUCCUGUACUGGAUGGUGUAUUCAAACGGACAGAUAAUAAUCGUUGGGUGCAUUUGUUGUGCGCAUUAUACACACCUGGUGUUGCUUUCAACGAUCCUGAUAAUUUAAUGGAGGUGACACUCACAGAAUUGCCUCAGAGACAGUGGUCUUUGCAUGAGUGUUCUCUCUGUGAAGACCGUUUCUUUGCCUGGACUGGUGUCUGUAUAUCUUGCGAUGCUGGUUUAUGCCGUACUUUUUUCCAUGUGACCUGUGCUCAGAAGCAUGGACUGUUGUCAGAACCUACCGUGGAAGAGACUUCUGCUGAUCCCUUUUUUGCACACUGUCGUCAGCACACUGAUAAAACAGUCGCUCGACAUCGUCGACGUAAUUUCUUAACUGCUAUGCUUAGGCUGAGGAAGUGGAGGUCAAACAAACAGGUCCCUGUUAAUAAUUCUGAAGAAAAAAAACUACCAUGUUACUCUGGUGUUGGAGAGGUGUUUACAACGGACAUGCGUAUUCAGCGUAAAUUCGAGCACUAUCGUGAUUUGUAUGCAGAUCUCAUAAAGCAUCGUGACAAACCCUAUGUACCACUUGUAAAAACACCUUUGUUUUUGGAAACUUCUCCUGUCGCCAUGAGAUUGUUUGUCUCCAAGGCAAAGGCUCUCAGCUUGCCCAUCGAAUUUUCAAAUCAUGCAUCUAACGUGGACUCAUCAAAAGGUCCUACCCCCAGUUAUCCAGUAUUCACCCCGGACUUUGUAUCCUAUUUCCUAGAACGUGAAAGGAAAAUUAUGGAAAUCUCAAAACACAUUUCGACUUUACAAAAUACUCAACGAGAACUGCAAAUAGCAGAUGCUAGCGCGUCACAUAGUUACAAUUCGAUUACAGCGGAGCUAGAGAAACUAGUCACUCAACGUGGAGGCCUAUUUGUAAAGUUCUCUCAUAUCGUCAGUACUCUGCGUAAUUUAAUUCCGGGUCUGAAGUUAUCAUGUGAACUAGAAAACGUGUUGUCGGAGCAUUCACGUCCAGUAGAAACAUCUACCUUAGAUGUUAGUUCUUCUGACCCUGUGGAUUCCAACAGAAGUAUCAAGUUUGGUUCUUCAGCAGUUAUUGCUGCUUCCAAGCGUAAACGUCCCUUUUCCCCAUCGUCUAAGGUGCGCAAAGUUUCAAAAUCUGAAACAAGUGAUCAAAAUACUGCUGCAUCAAAGAAUGCUGUUGCUUCACAUGUCGACAGCUGUUCAGGGGUUAAAUUUGAACCAGAAAGUGUAAUAUUAGAGUGUACGGUAUGCCAUGGACUUCAAGAUCAACACUUGAUAACAAGUUGCGAUGCUUGUGGAAAAGCAUUUCAUUUGGCUUGUCUUGAUCCUCCAUUAUUACGUAUGCCGAAACGCAGUAAAAUUUAUAGUUGGCAGUGCUCGUUUUGCACUAAAGAAGUAUCUAUGAUCCCGGGGAGUGAUACAAUCGAUGUAAACGCUCCUCGUCAGCUUCGUCGUUCUGGUGGGAUACCAUCUAGCAAAACAACUUGCGUAAAACUGGAAGAUAAGAAGGUAUCUAUUCCAAAGGACUCAUCGAUCUGCAAACCAGAAGUAGAUCCGAAUCUUCAAAUGCCUGUAAGUAACCCCACAAUUUCCGCUGAGAAUAAGUCUCCUCGCGUCACCAUUAGAUCUGCUGCUUCACGACAUGAGAAAAGCCUCUCAUCUGUGGGUGCAAAAUCCAGUUUAGCCAGUCCAGUUAGCAAAGGUGGGAAAAAGAAGUCGUCUGGUGUCUUAAAGAAAAGUUUGUCAUCGAAAUGUAAAUCCCUACUGUCAAAUAGGCGAACGCAAAGACGCAAAUUGGCUCCUGAGAUUCCACUCGAAAAUGACUUUCAAGACAAUAUCGAUUCAAAAGUAACUUCUAGUCCUUCAGUGGUAGUGACUCAAGUUUGCAGUGCUGACUUUGACCAGUUUAAAUUCACUGGAGAUGAAGAACCUAUGGAUUCAGAAAGUAAUAAGAAGAUAAAAUGUGAAUCUGAUGAAGAGUUAGCCAACUUGCGCGCAUCUAAAGUUAUCAAAUUUGUGCAAAUUCGCGACCAUGAAAGUAGCGGUGAAAUUGAAGAUGUUGAACAAAUUGCCCCCCUUCAACAACGUUAUGUUAUUUGUCGGGGAAAUAGUCCACAACCAAAGAGAUCUGGUAAAUUCAAGCUGAAAUUCAAGAAACUGUAG